UUGCGUUCAUUUUGAAAUUACAAACGGAAAAGCAAAAAGCGCGAUAGUCCGCGAUUUUGCUUGCAAGCAUUUAAUUAAGCUCUUAAUUAAUUCCAGAAUCCCAAGAGUUUAUAGUUUUAAAAGUAUUUCAAGAUGAAAAAACUACAAAAGAAACCCCCGAAUAGAACUGAUUUAGCUAAGAUGAUAAAAGAAGUGCCUGAAGAAUACCAACACCACAUUCAGUCAAUGUCGCUUAAAAUGAUGCAGCACCCCGCAUAUGGACAUCCUUACGAGUGGAGUACCAGAGAUUUUGAGAUGGGCGCUCCCUUAGGACGUGGAAAAUUCGGGCGCGUCUACCUAGCUCGCGAACGCACUUCUAAUUAUAUAGUAGCUAUGAAGGUAAUGUUUAAAGCUGAACUUGAGAAGGGAAAUGUACAGCGACAAGUUUUGAGGGAAAUUGAAAUACAAACUCGACUGAAGCACCCAAACAUUUUGCGUUUACUCACAUGGUUUCAUGAUGAAAGUCGAAUUUAUCUUGCAUUAGAAAUUGCAUCGGAAGGAGAAUUGUACAAACAUUUACGCAAUUCCCCACAUCGACGUUUUGAGGAACAACGCGCCGCUAAGUAUACAUACCAAGUGGCUGAUGCACUUGAAUAUUGUCAUUUGAAUAAUGUAAUACACCGCGAUUUGAAGCCAGAAAACAUAUUGCUGACGUCUUCAGAUGAUGUCAAAUUAGCUGAUUUUGGUUGGUCGGCACACACACUAUCUAACAAACGUAAGACUCUGUGCGGCACUUUAGAUUAUUUGCCACCAGAAAUGGUGGAUGGUCAUAUAUACGAUCACACCGUCGACCAGUGGUGCUUAGGUAUUUUAUGUUAUGAAUUUUUGGUGGGUUGUGCACCCUUCGAAUCGAAUGAUAAUGAGAAAACUUACGAAAAAAUUAGACGAUUGGAAGUUCAUUAUCCUAAUCAUUUGAGUGCUGGAGCUAAAGAUCUUAUUUCUAAGUUGUUGCGUAAAUCGAAUAAUGGCCGCAUAACUCUCGUAGAGGUAAUGAAACAUCAAUGGGUUAAGGAGAACAUGGCUAAACGGAACGCAUAUAUAGCGGAGAAAUUGAAGCGUGAGAAGGCUCUUGAGUAGUCUGCAUUUACUUAGUUUUUGAAAGCACAUUUAUAUGUAUACUUUUUAAUUUAAUAUAUUGCCGUUUUCUAAUAAUAUUGAUCAUUCAUUAAAAAAAGCCGUUUACUUAAUCGAUGAAGAAUGUCGAGGUUUGAGUUUCUAGGUUCGGAGUAACCCAAGCCAAUAAUUGAGGGAAGAAUUUCGUAAUUUUCGUAACUGCUUAAUAAAAUUAUGAUUAUAAUUAAUCUAAUCGUAAUUACGAAAAUGUUGAUUUCGAUUCACUGAUAUUCGGUACACGUUUAGUAGUUAAGUAAUAAUGUAAAUCAAAAUGAAGCUUAAUGUACUGCGUGUCUAGUGACGAUAUGUACAUGCAUAUGUAUGUAUAUUAAAAGUGUUCGAAAAGCAAUACAAUAAAGUAGACUUCAUUUUUGGAAAGAAAAGUAUAAUGGGGCGGAUUCUUUGUUUCGUACGGAUCGAAAAUCAUGGAAUUUUCCUAUAAUUUUUUAUAAAAAAAAAAACUCAGUGCGUGUAGUCCCUACGCGCGGAGGAAGUGAAACUUAAUUGAGGAAAUGCCUGAAAGAAAGAAAUAUGCGAUACACAAGCAAAUGUAC